AUGUGUAUUGUGGGUAGUAUUGGUGUUUCCGGUAUACUGAGUGCCUUCAUGGCGAAUAUUGAAAAUGGCGAUUCUCAAAAAUCUGGAGCAAAGUCCGUCGGAACGGCGGGUUCCGGGGGAACACACAGAACAGGCAAAUCAGUCACGGACCCGACGUAUCCUUUCAAGUCUGAGGUGGCCACACUCAUGGCUUUCCUGAUUGCUUUGUUGCUGUUAAUGUUCAACCAACAUUGCAUCUGGGCCACCUCAUCCUCCUAUUCGCAUCCGUCUAUUGUGUUGGAAACUACCGGGCGUAAUGGUGAGCGACACAUUUUGGACGAUUACCGGUCAGCUUAUUACUGGCUUCGACAGAAUACAAAACCAGAUGCACGCAUUAUGUCGUGGUGGGAUUAUGGCUAUCAGAUCACAGGUAUUGCGAAUCGUACAGUACUGGUGGACAACAACACAUGGAACAAUACACAUAUCGGACGUGCUAUGGCAUCUUCUGAGGAGGAAGCCUACGAGAUCAUGCAGGAGUUGGAUGUGGAUUACGUGCUGGUCAUUUUUGGUGGCAUGUUGGGUUACAGCUCUGACGAUAUCAACAAGUUCAUUUGGAUGGUGCGUAUCGCCGGUAGCACCGAGAAGGGGCGACACAUCCGCGAAGAGGACUACUACACUCCGUAUGGCGAGAUGCGCGUAGACAAAUCAGUCUCGACAACAAUGGCGAAUUGUCUCAUGUACAAACUGAGCUAUUAUCGUUUCUGGGAAAUCCAACCGGAUAGAAGUCAACCACCCGGAUUCGAUCGUGUCCGCGGGCAAGCCAUCGGACACCGGAAUUACGCUCUAACUGGCCUGGAAGAGNAAAUUGGCUUGUGCGUAUCUACCGAGUAA